AUGAAGCCGCUAGUGUUGCUGCUGUUAUUAAUAACCGUUACUCAGGUUAACGGUACGUCCACGCUGAAUAUCCCCAAAGUGUUGCUGCCGCUCGCCAGAAGUACAAGAAUUAACUUCACUUUGGAGACUACUGAAGGCUGCUACAGAUGGACUUCUACCAGACCAGAGGUAGCGAGUAUCCAAGCCGUGGACGAGGAAAGUGACAGAGGAUGCUCCCGCAGAGCUGUCCUCAAGGCUCUCUCCACCCAGCCUUCCAGACUCACCAGCAUCAUUUUAGCUGAAGAUGUUGUUACAGGACAGGUACUGCGUUGUGAUGCUAUUGUCGACAUCAUCAGUGAAAUCAAGAUAGUGUCCACCACCCGAGAGCUACACCUUGAGGACUCACCACUGACACUCACAAUUCAUGCACUGGACUCUGAAGGAAACACCUUCAGCACCCUUGCAGGUCUAGUGUUUGACUGGACUUUAGUGAAAGAUGUAGAUAUGAAUGGAUUCACUGACUCUUACAGUUCAUUACGAGUACUUAAAUUUUCUGAGUCCACAUACACUCCCCCUGGAUACAUAUCUGAAAUGGAGCGUGUUGGGAAACAGGGUGAUAUGAUUUUGGUGUCAGGACUGAAAACAGGCCAUGCUAAGUUGAAGGCCAAAAUACAAGAGCCACUGUAUAAGGAUGUGGGUGCAGCAGAGGUGAAGCUGCUGAUCUUGGAGAACAUCCUGUUGAGCCCUGCGCAUGAUGUCUACUUGAUGGCAGGAACUUCCAUCCGAUACAGAGUCCUGAAGAUAAGGCAGGGCACAAUGACAGAGCUCUCUAUGCCUUGUGAUCAGUAUGAACUGCACCUUCAGAACAGUGUGGUUGGCCCUAAUGGAGACCCAGAGGUUGCUGUGGCCAGUCUGGAUCAAAAGACCUCCAGAGUUACAGCAGCACAACUGGGGCACAUCAAUGUGGUGCUGGAUCAUAAGAGCCUUCAAAUGCAAGGAGUAUCUCGCCUACCCAACAGCACCCUGUAUGUUGUUGAACCAGGCUACCUAGGUUUUAAAAUUCAUCCAGGAGACAGUUGGGUUCUGGAAGCAGGCAGAGAAUAUGAUAUCCAUAUUGAAGUAUUUGAUAAAACUGGCAACAAAAUUUACCUCUCUGAUAAUGUUCGUAUUGACACUCAGUUUCCUGUGGAGUAUUUUGAAGUCCUGGAGUCUUCUCUGAAUGGAUCAUACCAUCAUGUCAAAGCACUGAAAGACAGCCUAACUCUCAUUGAUGCCACCUUAAAAGCUGUUGUGGAUGAAAAUGGAAGGAUCCAUGCACUUGCCAAUCCAGUCCACAAUGAACAGGAUGUGGAAAUCUAUAAUCCCAUAGUUCUUAGUCCCAGUAUUCUCACAUUUCCAUGGCAGCCUAAAGUCGGAGAUUAUCAGUACACAAUAAAGGCGACAGGAGGGAGUGGGAAUUUCAGCUGGACUUCCUCCAAUACAGCUGUCGCCACAGUGACCGUGAGAGGAGUGAUGACUACAGUCACUGACAUUGGUGUCAGUGUAAUUUAUGCUCAUGAUCUACGUAACCCUCUACACUUCGGCCAUAUGAAGGUGUAUGUUGUUGAGCCUGUUGCCAUGGAUUUUGCCCCUUGCCCAGUAGAGGCUAGGCUGGGCUUUGUUCUGGAUCUGCCGCUCAGGAUUUUCGGGAUGCUGGAGGAGGUGGAAAAGGAGCAGGUCAUGUUGAGUGACUGCUCCCACUUUGACCUGCUUGUUGAGGAGGAGAACCAUGGUGUCUUCGAACUGCUGGACGGGAGGCUGGCUCCAGGCCGGGACCACUGCAGUGGAGUGAGAGCCAAGGCUCUGGCCCCUGGGUACACCAUGCUUACCAUCAGCUACACUCAUGGCAACGUUCACCUCAGUGCCAAGAUCACCAUUGCUGCCUAUCUUCCUCUCAGAGCAGUUGACCCUGUAUCCGUCGCUGUGGUGACUCUGGGAUCAUCCAAAACCAUGUUGUUUGAGGGUGGGCCACGGCCUUGGGUUUUAGAGCCCUCAAAAUUCUUCUGUAACUUGAGUGCUGAGGAUGAGGCCAGCCUCAGCCUUACUCUGACUAGUCCCUCAUCUCACAACUAUAAUCAGCACUGGGUCAGAGCAACCUGCAGGGCCCUGGGAGAACAGGUGCUGGAGGUGACGGUUGGGAACAAGGCCAGUGUGACCAAUCCUUAUCCUGCUGUGGAGCCGGCAGUGGUUAUGUUUGUUUGUGCUCCUCCAUCUCGCCUCACCCUGGUCCCAGUGUAUACCAGCCCACAGCUGGAUCUGACCUGCCCGCUGCUGCAGCAGAACAAACAAAUGGUACCCGUUUCAAAUGACCGUAACCCUGUUUUGGACUUGGCUGCUUUUGAUCAACAAGGAAGGAAGUUUGACAAUUUCAGCUCUCUGAGCAUGUUGUGGGAAUCAACAAAGAUAUCACUGGCCAGUAUUGAACCCACUAUGCCUAUGGAGCUUCAGCUGCUUGAGGACAGCAACAAACAGAUGAAACUUCACGGACGGCAGACAGUUCUUGUCCAUCAACAGACAGGCAUCGCAGCCAUUACAGCGACAGCUCUGGGUUACCAGGUUUCACAUUUAGCAGCAGCCCAAGUUCCCAGUCCAUUUGAGCCUUUGACCCCAGUCUCAGCUACUCUGGAACUCCUAUUAGUUGAAGAUGUGAAGGUUUCUCCUGCUACAGUGACCAUAUACAACCACCUAGAUGUGAAAGCAAACCUAGCCCUGCGAGAGGGCUCAGGACACUUUUAUAUCAAUACCAGUGUUAAAGGGAUAGCGGAUGUGGUGUUCCAGGAGACCCACGGCACAGCUCAGGUUUCUCCCAUCCAGCCAGGUGUGGUGAAUGUGAUGGUUCAUGACCUUUGUCUGGCUUUUCCAGCACCUGCCACAGCCACAGUACAUGUGUCUGACAUCCUGGAGGUUUAUGUGAGGGUGGUUGACAAGGUGGAGAUUGGCAAAUCUGUGAAAGCCUAUGUCAGAGUCUUGGAUGAUAAUAAAAAGCCCUUUCCAGCCAGUUAUUUUCAGUUCAUGAAUCUUAAACUCAAGGCAGCUUCUGCAAUAGUCUCUCUAAGACCAGUAACAGAGUCCACAGAAAGCGAUACUGCAGUUUUCCUGGUGAAAGGUGUCUCUGUUGAUCAGACCACUCUAUCAGCUGUUGUUGUGGAUAAAAAUGGGAGAAAAAUUGCUUCUACACCACAGCCAAUUGAGGUUUUUGCGCCAUUCAAACUCAUCCCAAGGAAAAUCACCCUGCUAAUUGGAGCAAUGAUGCAGAUCACAUCCGAAGGUGGCCCUCAGCCUCAGUCCAACAUCAUUUUUUCUAUUUCCAAUGAGGAGAUAGCUUCAGUUAAUGCUAUGGGCCACGUCAGAGGCAUUGCUAUUGGUAAUGUUACUGUGACUGGACUGGUCCAAGCUAUUGAUGCCGAGACUGGAAAGCUAGUCGUCGUGUCUCAGGAUCAAGUAGAAGUGGAGGUUGUAGUUUUGACUGCCAUUCGAAUCAGAGCACCUAUUACAAGAAUGAAGACAGAAACACAGAUGCCUGUAUAUGUGAUGGGUCUGACUACUAGUCAAACACCAUUCUCCUUUGGUAGUGCUUUACCUGGUUUUACCUUUCACUGGUCCACCACCAAGAGAGACAUCCUGGAUGUCCAGCCAAGACAUAUUGAGGCUAGCUUGGCGCUUCAGUCAGAGCACAACUUUGGCAUGAGGGUGACUGGAAGAACGAGAGGGCGGACAGGACUGAAGGUGGUGCUCAGAGUUACUGACCACAGUGCACGGCAGCUAAUGGGCAACCUGCAAGAGCUCAGAGACGAGGUCCAGAUCCAGGUCUAUGACAAGCUGCAGAUGCUUAAUCCUGAAAUAGAGGCUGGGGAGUUACUGAUGGCUCCAAACUCAGCCCUCAAACUCCAAACUAACAGGGAUGGUGUUGGUGCACUUUCCUACCGGAUGCUGGAUUACCCUGAACAAAGUGUUGUUGCUCAAGUGGAUUAUAAGGGCUUUCUCCUCUCUGGCUCUCUCACUGGCAUAUCUUCUCUGCUGAUCACCUCACAGGAGACCUUUGGUGUCAAUCAAACUCUUAUCCUUGCUGUGAAGGUGCUGCCUGUGUCCUAUGUGCGCUUCAGUACCAGUCCAGUCCUCUACACGAACACCAAAGAGAGCCUGAAAGCUUUCCCCCUGGGAAUAGUGCUCACCUUUGCUGUCCACUUCCAUGCCAUUACUGGAGAGGUUCUACACAGCUCCAACUCCCACCUUACAUUUUCUACAAACAGAGAUGACCUUGUGCAGGUGGGGGUUGGACCUGGUAACCACACUCUGACCGUGAGAACAGUCAAUGUAGGCCUCACCCUUCUGGCAGUGUGGGACAGUGAAAACAUGGGUGUGGCAGACUAUGUUCCACUUCCUGUUGAGCAUGCCAUCGACAUACAUGAUGCCAGCACACUGGUAGUGGGAGAUGUGGUCUGCUUCCAUGUCCAGUUGACCAGUCCAGAUGGCGUCCAUGGUACUUGGAGCUCCUCUGCAAAUGAUGUUCUUCAGGUGGACCCAAAAACUGGUGCAGCUGUAGCCAGAGACUCUGGGACAGCUACUGUGUACUAUGAGAUCGCCGGUAUUUUGAAAACGUACAGAGAGAUAGUAGUGAAAGCACCUACAAAGACGACAGCUAUGUUGCAGGCUACACAGACGACACCCAUCAGGAAUGGCAAAGAGACAAAGGUCCUACUGACUACCCGAGAAAGAGGAACCAACCUCAUUGGAACCUGUUCCUCCGCCCAGACUAAGGCUAUUUCACAGCUGCAGCCGGAAACGUCUGUAAGCUGCCAUCUCAGCUUUACCAGCGACUCUGUUGAUUUUCCUGCUAAUGAUGUCUUCAAAACACACAUCAGCUUUGACUCCAACACUGGACUCUACACAUGUUCCAUGACCUUGCAAACCAUCACUGACCAACAGACCCGCAUACUCAGCAUAUCUAUGGCCAAUCUGCUGGUGAAGGCAGGCCUGGAGGGCAGUGCCUUCUCUGGGGAGCAAGUCAGCGUCAGACUACCCAUAGAACCAGGUCUCUACUCAGACCAGACGGAGCUGCUGCUCUCAAACUUGCACCCAUCAGCUGAACUCACAGUCUAUGGCUCCAUUACCACCCUGUCCAACAUAGAGGUGGUGUCCUCUUCGCCCAACUUUGCCAUCCACGAGAACGAGGUACAUCAUGGCUUCCCCAGUUUCUCAAAGUACACCGUCAGUGCUGUGGACCCUCAAGCAGCAGUUUCUGCUUCUGUUUCCAUAAGCAGCACCUCCUCUGGCCAGACCCUCGUCAUCCCAGUCACUUUGAUUCACACAGCUGAUCCCAGCACUGCCAUGCAAGCAGCUGCUCCUCCAGUUGGUGUUGUGGAGGGGGGGCAUUCCCUGCACAGCUUCAUAAACUGCUACCAGACGAUGUUCUGCACCCUGUUCGCUCUGCUGGCUGGCACAGCUAUCAUCAUCAUCGUCCUCCACAAUGCGUUCUCACCAAGAGAACAAGCUUAUCACCCUGCUUUCAUCCAGACGACACCGCCACCCAUCUCAGGUUUAGACUCACCAGUAGCGAACUCCUUCAACCGCUCAAUACCAAGGACUGACCCAAAGAGCAGGUUGCAUCUGUAUUCUCCAGACUACAGGUCCUGUUAAGGCCUGUGCUCAGCUCCUGUUCUGCAGUAUCCAAGCACCACAGGCCAUUAAUGCAUAGAGAUAUAUGUGCCUCUGUCCUUCAAGAUGAAUGCUGUGGGAUGCAGAAGAACACAAUCUCAGUUUCCUUGUCUUCAAGUGUUGGUACAGUUAUCUAAAAUAAUCCUAAUUUUCAGAGUGGCACAUACGUUAAUAGAUGAUGCAAAAUGAUAACAGGGCUAUAACCAGUUUUCAUUGUGUGUAUGCUGUGUGUGUCGAAAUGUGUGGUGUAUAUAUAUGUAUGCAAUAUGUGUAUAUGCAAUUAUACAUAUAAUGUGUGUAUUUUUAUGGUUUGCCAUCUAAAUAGCUUUUAUACAAGCCCACUCCUGUAUUAACUGACAUCUUCCGAGGGGUUUUGGAGAGUGCAUGAAAACCAAAUCACUAGUUUAUGCUUAAAGCAGUUGCUUUUGUGUUUGUUUGACAUUUGCUUGUGUGCCACUUAUCAUUUUGAUGUGUGAAAUUUAGCAACUCAGGAUAAACCACAUUCUUGUAAGAGUGAAAGCAGACUUUCACUUGAAAAUAUUUAUUUUUAUGAGCUGAUAAAAAACCUUUUGUUAUAUUGUAGCUUGUAUAUUUUGAAAAAGAUGUUGUCCACUGAAACCGUCCUCCUCAUAGGUGAUGAACCCUUUAAAUGUGUACAAUCCCACCUUGCUGGGAAAAGGCCUGUUACUGUUCAGGGCAUUUUUUUGAGGGGAAUUUAACAUCCCAGUUAUUCGACAUUACAGUGUUUUUGAGCCACAAUACAUGCAGCUCCUGUCUCAUUCAUUAAUGUGAAACAGUCACUCAAUGUGAACAUCUUUCAGUUUUUAUCCCGGUGUUGCUUCAUUGCAAAAGCACUCAAAUGUGACCUGGUCUAAUUUGUGAAAAUGUAAUGUUGCUCUUUCUGUUUGGUUCUCACAGCUCACAUUUCCAGAAAGAGAUUACUGUAGCAUUGCUGAACUGCUGGGACAUCAAAGUGUGACUUUGUUUUGAAUGACAUAUUUUUGUAUUUGAAGAAACAUUGACAGAAAAUGUAUUUAUGUUAGCUCGUUUGUGUUGAAGAUGCAUAGUUCUGCCUUACAAUCACAUCUGAACAGCUUGCAGCACAUAAUACAGACACAAGUUUGUUCGCUUGUGUGAAUACGCUCUUGCCUUUGCUAAUAAAAGUUUUUUUUCUUUUCA